GUACCGGCUUUGGUCACACUUGGAUAAAAUUUAUAAACAAAUCUGCACCGGCGGGAACAAUUUACUUGUAUUAUGGAUUUUGCGUCUUAAUUUUACCCUCUUUGAAGGGUAUUUUGUGUUAGAGAUCCCAAUUGGAUGUCCUUGCACCAUCACAACAUGACAGCAACUCUGCAGGAAACCGGAAACAUAGAGCUGCCAGCCGAGGCAUGUGAUUUGGAGCGCAGUUUGCUUGGAGGACAGAGUUUCCGCUGGCGCUCUCUUAAAGCCGACGACGGCAAGACAAAAUACUCUGGAGUUGUUUGCAACAUCUAUUGGGUGCUCCAACAGGAAACAUCCCACAUAACCUACGAGGCAUUUGCUGAGUCCACGUCCAGGAUUGCAGUGGACUACAAGUCGGUAAUAGCCAAGUACCUGCGUGCAGAUUUUAAGUUAAAACAGCAGCAAGCCGAAUGGACAAACAAAGAUGAGAAUUUUGCCAAAUUUGUGGGCAAGCCGGUGCGCGUUCUUUCACAGGAUCCACUGGAGAACAUAAUAAGCUUCAUAUGCAGCCAAAAUAACAACAUUAAGCGCAUAUCAGCCAUGAUCCAAUGGUUUUGUGCCACUUUUGGCACCAAACUAGGUCAUUUUAAUGACUGCGAUGAGUAUACCUUUCCUACAUUGAAGAGCUUCGAAGGCAUGGACUGCGACAAAUUAAAUGCUCAACUGCGAGCCGCUAAAUUCGGUUAUCGGGCAAAGUUUAUAGCCCAGACCCUGCAGGAGAUACAAAAACGAGGUGGCCAGAACUGGUUUAUCGAGCUCCAAAGCCUACCGUACCACGAGGCGCGUCAGGAACUGGCACAGCUUCCGGGCAUUGGAUUUAAAGUGGCCGACUGCAUAUGCCUCAUGUCCAUGGGCCAUUUAGAGGCCGUGCCCGUGGACGUGCACAUAUACAGGAUUGCCCAAAAAUAUUACCUGCCCCACCUGAGCAAUCAGAAGAACGUAACGAAAAAGGUUUACGAAGAAGUUUCGAAUUACUUUCAAAAGCUACACGGAAAGUAUGCGGGUUGGGCUCAAGCGAUUAUUUUCUGUGCUGACCUGGGACAAUUUCAAGAGACUCGAAAAGCUGGUGGCAAAGUAAUUUCAAAUAAAAAGGGCUUGAAAAAAUGUUGAUACUAAGGGAUUAUAUCUCGAUGAGCGAAAAUCAGGUAAAAAAACAAGCAACAAAAGUA